AUGGAAAAAGAAUCUACCAUUUCCGGCGAGAAGAAACUGGAGAUCAAAACCCCAAAUCAGAUCUUCAUUCUCUCCGGACAAAGCAACAUGGCCGGACGUGGAGGCGUCAUCAAAGACCACCACACCGAUCGCUGGGUAUGGGAUCAAAUCCUCCCACCGGAAUGCGCACCAAACCCCUCAAUCCUCCGUCUGAGCUCAGAUCUCCGAUGGGAACAAGCACACGAGCCACUCCACUCCGACAUCGACACCAACAAAGUAUGCGGGGUAGGUCCAGGGAUGGCGUUCGCGAACGCGGUGAUGAAUCGCCUGAACAAAGAUUCGGACGUGAUCGGACUCGUUCCUUGCGCUUCCGGUGGAACGGCGAUUAAAGAGUGGGAACGUGGGAGUCAUUUGUACGAGACGAUGGUUAAGAGAACUGAGGAGAGCUUGAAAUCCGGAGGAGAGACCAAGGCGUUGCUUUGGUAUCAAGGAGAGAGUGACGUGUUGGAUAUCCACGACGCUGAGAGUUACGGAAGCAAUAUGGACCGUUUGAUUAAGAAUCUCCGUCAAGAUCUCAAUCUUCCUUCUCUUCCCAUUAUUCAGGUGGCGAUAGCAUCGGGAGGAGGAUACAUAGAUAAGGUGAGAGAAGCACAGUUGGGUUUGAAACUUUCGAAUGUGGUCUGUGUAGAUGCUAAAGGAUUGCCGCUAAAGCCCGACAAUCUUCACUUAACCACCGAGGCUCAAGUCCAGCUCGGUCUUUCCUUAGCACAAGCUUACCUUUCCAACUUCUGCUAG